AUGGCGUCGAAUGCGAGCUUACCCGGGACCAAUCCCGGAGGCUCAUUCAACAAACUACACUCCAACACGCAGGAUGUGUUGAGCGCUGCCCGUUCGACGCCCGAGUUUCAAAAUGUAGAGCACGAAGCAAAAGAGCGCAGAAUGGCGCAAAUGAUGGCUGAUCAGAUGUCGAUGCCCAUGACCGUCAACGAGAUCUCCGUCACCGGCGCGACCAACAUUCGCCGCGGAUUCCUCGACCCCAUAUUCGCCCCUCUGCUUUGCGACUAUCCAAAUGCACCGUCCACCGUUGGCGAGGUGCUCGCCAAGUUGCAGGCAGCAAGCACAAAGCUCUCUGGGUUGCAAAUAUUGCGGGAGCCGCCGAGCGUAUAUCUAUCCCAGUCUAGUCAAGUCGAUCCCUCUGCAAGCCCGUCCGAUGUCAACAUUUCCAUGGGCCUUCGCGAACUGCCUCGCUUCAAGCUCCAAACCGGAACCGACGUGGGCAACGGCGAGGGCUCAGCAUACGGCUCUCUCCUGUGGCGGAACAUGUUUGGCGGCGCCGAAAUGCUCACUCUGAAUGCCAAGGCGGGGACACGUACGAGGUCGGCAUAUAGUGCCAACCUAAGUGCGCCGGUGCUAAGUGAUCCUGGCAUGAGGAUCUCUGUGGAGGGUCUAGCGUCUGCAGCCGAGAAGCCGUGGGCAUCGCAUGAGGAAGUCGUCAAGGGCGGCUCUCUGCGAUUCUCGUGGCUGAACGACCAAAGCGACACGCACGCAGUUGAAUAUUCCGGGUCAUGGCGUCAAGUGACAGGGCUCUCCGCAGUCGCCAGCCCAACCGUGCGACAAGACGCCGGCAAUACGGUCAAGAGCGCCAUCAAACACACGUUUUUCAGAGAGAGGCGGGACAACCCACAGCUCCCGCAAGAUGGGUACAUGCUACGAUCCAUGUGGGAAGUGGCAGGAGUUGGUCCCCUGGCAGGUGACGUCGCCUUUUCCAAGAGCGAAGUGGAGAUGAGCGGCGCCGUUCCUGUCCCACUGCCUGGCAUCCAAGGCCGCACGGGCAUUUCCAUCGGUGCCGGUCUGCGGAUGGGGCUGCUCUGGCCCCUGCCACUCGGAUACAGCCUCGGCAGUGAGGCGCUCCCGAGCCGUAUCAAUGACCGCUUUCUGCUCGGAGGCCCAACGGACGUUCGCGGUUUCAAGCUGGGCGGGUUGGGACCUCAUGAUGGCCAGGACUCUGUGGGUGGAGACGUUUUUGCUGCGGGAAGCGUCAACAUGCUGCUUCCGCUGCCAUACAAGGGACCCGACUCGGGGCUGCGAUUCCAGCUCUUCGCCAACGGCGGACGCCUUGUGGCGCUCGAGGAUAAGGACAGGGGGAAGACGACGGGCUCGCAAAGCAUAAGCGCCAAAGCCGUACGCGACGGCAUGCUGCGUGCUGUCGGGGGUCUCUUGAACGGCGCUCCCAGCAUGGCCGCGGGUGUGGGCCUUGUCUACGCACAUCCCGUGGCGAGGUUUGAGCUGAACUUUAGCUUGCCGCUUGUGCUGAGGAGAGGAGAGAUUGCAACCAAGGGGCUGCAGAUGGGCGUGGGCAUCAACUUUCUGUAG